GGGCACACCGUCAAGUUUCCAUUUAAACCAUAUCCAUCGCAGGCAUCUAUGAUGAGCAGAAUUUUAUCGGGAUUAGAUAAUAAAGAGAAUUGUUUGUUAGAAUCCCCAACAGGUACAGGUAAAACUUUAACUUUAUUAUGUUCAGCAUUAGAAUGGCACCGAGAAGAUUUAAAAAAGUCAAAUAAUAAUAAUAAUGGUUCAGAUAGUGACGAUACCGAUAGCGAAGAUCCAGUAGAAAACUUUAGACCCAAUCCAUCACCAACAAUCUUCUUUUGUUCCAGAACUCAUUCACAAAUUAAGCAAUUAACCGAGGAGCUUGCCAAAACCCCAUAUAGACCCAAUAUGUUAGUAAUGGGAAGCCGUGAUCAUUACUGUAUCAAUAAAGAACUCAAAGAUGUACCAAGAAAGAAAGAAAGAUGCAAAAAGAUUAUUAAAGAUCCAGGUUGCCGUUAUUAUAAAAAGGAAUUUGUAUUAUCAUCGAUUUCAACUUUUAGAAAAGGUGGUGCUAAACAAGUAUGGGAUAUUGAAGAUUUAAAAAAAGCAGGUCAAGAACAUUCCGAAUGCCCAUUUUUUGUUUCAAAAGAUAUGCUACCAUCCUCAGAUCUUGUGUUUUGUCCAUACAACUAUUUAAUUGAUCCCUCCAUUCGUAGUACACUCAAAGAUAAAGUCAAAAACUCAAUUGUUAUAUUCGACGAAGCACAUAAUAUUGAAGAUGCCCUUAUGGACGCAAGCAGUUUUGAAUCGACUCUUGAUGAAUUGUAUGAGAAUGUUUUUCAAGUUUUAAAACAAAUUAGAAUGAACCCAAAAAUCAUCAAAAAUUUAAGCCCAGAGAAAGAGCAUGCUAUCAAUAUUAUUCAUCCAAUUAUGGAUGAACUAGUAGCUUGGAUUCGUGAAAAAUCGGAAUCAUUAAAACCGAUAGACUUUGAAAAGCAUUCAAGAGUUUGGAAAGGUAAAGAAAUUUUAGAUAUACUCCAGGGGAUUGGUUUAAGCGAAUCGAACUACUUUGAAUUUUCAUCGUCUGUCAAAGCACUAUCCGAUGAAACCGAUGACAAACAAAACAAAAAAGAUAAAUUAGGUAAACCAUCUGCAAUAUUAGAAGAGUUUUCAAAAGUUAUAGAAUUUAUAUUUAAAAACGCAAAUUGGGUAGAUGAUUAUGUUUUGGUAUUACAAAAACAAACAGUACUCACAAAUUCAUUUGUAAAGAAACAACAAAGCUCUAAAUGGAAUCUUAUAGUUAGUAUUUGGGCACUAAGUCCAAGAAUUGCUUUCUCUUCUUUGAAUUCAAAAACCCAUUCAAUCAUUUUGACAUCGGGUACACUUUCACCACUAUACAGCUUUCCAUUUGAAUUGGCAUCACCAUUCCCAAUAUCAGCAGAAAUGGGUAAUUUAUCAGAUAUUAAAAACCGUGCAUGGAUUGGUACACUCUCUCAUGGCGUCAGAAAUGAAAAGUUUUUAUGUACUCAUGGUAAUACCGAUUCAUUUAGCUUUCAAGAUUCUUUGGGCGAAACUAUUAUAGAACAUAUUAAAAUAAUUCCAAGUGGUGUUUUAUGCUUUUUCCCAUCAUAUGGAUUUUUAGAAAAGAUAACUGAUAGAUGGGCUAGUACUGGACUUUUAGAUAAAAUUAACGAAUUAAAACCAGCAUUUGCAGAACCCAAAAAUAUCAAAGACUUUAAUGAAACAUUAAUUGGAUACCGUCAAACCGUUCAAAGUAACCCCAAAAAAGGUGCUAUAUUAUUUGCUGUAUGUCGUGGUAAAGUUAGUGAAGGUAUAGAUUUCUCUGACGAAUAUGCAAGAGGUGUUAUUGUAGUUGGUAUACCCUAUCCAAACCUAAAGGAUCUUCGUGUGGAUUUA